AUGGUGGAGAGCUUCAUCACAGCCCAAAAUCAGCAAAAUAAGGAAUUCAUGAACCAAAACAUUCAUAUAAAUGGACUAAUUACACAAUUGGGCACCAAACUCGAUUCUGUAAUUACCCACAACAAAAUGCUUGAAACCCAAAUAUCUCAAGUGGCACAACAACAAGCUACUCAAACUACACCAGGAGGACAAUUUCCUGGACAACCUCAACCUAACCCCAAGGGGCAUGCUAACGCAAUUGCCCUAUGGAGUGGAGCUACUUAUGAUGAACCCGUAAACCCUAGGUUGAAUAAACAAGAACCCCCCAAGAAAAAUGUUGUGACCACACCCGAGAAACAAGUAGAGGAACCAGUAGAACCUGAGAAACAAAAAGAGGAAGAAGUUAAAGAUAAGGAAGGAGAGAAAGAUACUAAAGUUUACAUACUACCCCCUCCUUACAAACCACCAAUCCCAUUUCCGCAAAGACUUAAGCAAACCAAAUUAGACAACCAAUAUAAAAAGUUUGUAAAAGUGAUUGAGAAACUCCAUGUCGAGAUUCCAUUCACCGAAGCGAUCACCCAAAUACCAUCUUACACCAAGUUCCUUAAGGACAUCCUAACCAACAAACGAAGACUUGAUGAUCCUAAAUCCUUAGAAUGCAAUUCUACUGUGUAA